ACACUACUACCGCCGUCACUGCCCCCCACCACCACUAUUACUACUACUACCACCACUCUCACCGCUACUACUACUACUACAGCAACAACAACAUCUUUGGAAUAUUGAAGCCAGAAGUAGGUGAAUCUUGGGGCAUUGGUACCCAAACGAGAAAAUGGAUAAUUUAAAACAACAAGUGAUGAUUAACCAGUUUGUUUUGGCCGCUGGCUGUCAUGCCGAACAAGCGAAACAGUUAUUACAAGCCGCAAAAUGGCAAUUCGAGGCAGCACUUAGUAUGUUUUUCCAAGAUUCUUCUGUUCCCAUGUGUCGAACGUGCAACGGCAGCCAUGCGAACGGAAGCUAUUCGCUCUGUACCCCUGCAAAUACUCCUGCAACACCACCAAAUUUCCCUGAGGCUCUUACAGCAUUGUCAAAGUUAUCAACUACAGACAGGUUAGGCUCUUCUCCAGCAUAUGCAACAGGAUCACAGUCGAAUACUCAACCGACUCCCAAACCAAUGGAAAUGGCACAUCGAUAAAAUACAAAAGAGAAAAAAAAUGUUUACAAAAAAAAAUAAGAACGAAAAACAUUUAAGUGGGGGGAGGUCCUCUACUGUGCAGAAAGAUAGAAACGGACGAAACAGAUGAUUAAUAAUAGCAACAGUUGUGUUCAUGUGACUCUUUUGUUACAGUGAAGAGAUGUACUAGAGAGUAUUGAGGGGGGGGAAACCAGUACUAUUUUGAAUUGCCAAAUAAUGCUGGCUGGCUGUGCUCAUUCCCUUUACAACUGCCAAUGGAUUACCUGUUAUUUGGAUCUUAUUUUGUUUUCAAUUUUUUUUCCCCCUUUUUAUUUUAAGAAAUAUACCCAGGGAUUUUUUUUUUUCUGUUACAUAUAUAUCAUACAUAUGCAUACACCAUACAUAUGUAUCCAUUGUUUUUAUCUCCUCCAACAGUGUUCCAACACUUUCCAAAUUUAAACAGAAAACUUUUUUUUUUUGUUUCUCUUUUUUUAUUAGUGCAUAUCUGGCUGUAGGAUAUUUUGGGGAAAUGCCUAACACUGCCUUUUUGUUGGAAAAUGUCAGACUUGCUACCAUUUCCUCACAUUCUUAAAUAUUAAAACUUUCUUGCAUUGGACUUCCGAAAUUUAAACUUCUUCUGUCAGCUUGCAUCAGGCAUGACAAUGCACCACACAUCCUGUUUAUCAUAGGAUCUGAGGGGGCAAUGUUGCAUCAUGUCUGUUAUGUCUUUCAAAGCUAAUAAUACCUGGUGGUUGCCAAUUCUCACAGGAAUAUUACAGCCAUUGGGAUCUACAACCUCAUCUGCUACUAAAAUGCAAGCAGCACUAAGAAGAUUUGAGAUACUCAACCAUAGUCUCUUGCUUGAAGAACCCUGGUUGACUCCCCUUUCUGUUGAUAAAAUCAACCCUGGAAUACUGAAAGGCAAAGUUGAACUCU